AUGGGCCUGGAUCUGAAUGAAUUUGAAACUAGCGAUCAAGCGAAUAAGAAGGAAUGGGCUUGCCUGAUAUUGGUGGACCAUAACUAUUAUCAUGAACAUGAAGGGCCCGACAGAGAUGAUGUCCCUCCUAUUAUUGGAAUAAUUGAUCACCAUGAAGAUUCUGAACAGAUCAUGGGCAAUUGCCCUAAGAUAAUUGAGGUUCCCCGUGCGAGUACAUGUUCUUUGGUAGGUGAGUUAUAUUUGCAGACCACAACGGGCACAAACAUCAACCAAAAUAUUUCUUGUCUGCUUGCGUCCAUAAUUGAACAUGAUGCUUACCAUUUCGAUGAGGGGGUCAAAGGAAUCCGUUGGGUAGAUAUGGACAAGAAGAUAUAUCAUGAUUUGAUGGAGCAAGCGGCAAUUUCCAGCGGCAGGCCAUCUGAAGAAAUAGUGUGUGCACACAGAAAUGCAAUUAAAUCUCAGUUCAAGGAAUACUCGGAAUCUCUUGUCAACCUUAAUAUAUCCGAUGCGCUCUUGAAUGAUAACAAGAUCUUCCAUUAUAAUACCUAUGAUUUGAUAUUUGCGAGCAUGCCUGUUCAUCUCGGCGCGCUAAUAGACGAUAAAGAUGACAAUUGUGUUUCCGAUGAAUUCGCGAAAUACGUGACUGCAUGCGCAGGCAAGAAUAAGACAACGACUGACUUGUUUAUAUGCCUGUCAAGGGGCUCCGAAUGCAGGGAGCUAGCUAUCGCGUAUAUGGAUUCUGCCGAAAAGCUCGCCGCAAAAAUUCGCGACCAUUUGUUGGGCUGGGGUGAUAAUGUUUGUUUAAAACAAGAAGCCCGACCUCGCAAGUUUGGCCCAUGGGCAAUAAUCACGUUGCAGCUGGAUAGGAACAAAAGCCGUAAAAUCGUUGAGCCCCAUUUACGUGCAUUGUUCAAGGACUGA